UAGCCUCAUGAAGCAGCAUAAAUCACCAGUGAUAGACGUCGUGCUGACAGCAAGUUGGAUUCACUUGUCCACACUGAUUUCUCAUACAAUAUCUCAUACAAAUUUUGCAAUAAUAUCGCAAUGCCUCAUCACGCCGUCGAACAUGACAACACUGAGCCAGCAUUGGCCAGUAAAGAAGCUACGCCAGUAGAGAUCCACCAGUACUCAGAUGAUUAUGAGAAUGGCACGAUAGAGGUCAAAGACAUUGCUGGCACCAAUGAUAUGGGAGCUCACAUGUUCACCGAGGCGGCCAACUAUGAUUCUCCUGAAACGGAGCAUGAGAAAAAUAUCGUGAAGCGAAGACUCGAUCGUACUAUGCUACCCAUUCUUAUGUUCUCAUUUACGUUGCAAUUCUUGGACAAAUUGAGUCUCAACUACGGAUCGGCCUAUACACUGGUCCAAGACUUGAACCUCGUCGGAACUCAGUACUCGACAGUUGCUUCGGCGUACAGUUAUGGCAUCGUAAUAUGGGCCGUACCCGCUAAUUAUCUCAUCCAAAAAUAUCCAGUCUCGAAGUAUACUGGCUUCAUGAUAUUCAUCUGGGGUGCUCUCAUCCUCAGUGCUGCUGCGACUAAGAACUUCGGUGGCAUCUUCGCCGUGAGACUCAUUCUCGGCAUGGCUGAGGCGAAUAUGACGCCGGCUUACAUGUUGAUCACGUCGAUGUUUUACAAGCGGGAAGAACAGCCCUUUCGGUUUUUCCUGUAUGUCGCCAUGAAUGGAGUUGCAACUAUGCUUGGUUCUCUCUUCGCGUUUGGGCUAGGUCAUGUGAAUCAUACCAUGCUCGCAUCGUGGCAGCUCAUGUUUCUAAUUAUUGGUGCACUCAAUGUCGUUUGGGCUGCCGUCUUUCUUUUAUUGGUACCUGAUACACCAAUGCAAACUAGUUGGCUCACACCCAAGGAACGCGUUCUGGCCGUCAGUCGAACCUCCGAAAACAUGAUUGGCGUGAGAGGCACCAAACUCAAAGCAUACCAAGUGAAGGAAGCUCUAAUGGACCCAAAAACCUGGAUAAUGGCUGUCGCGGGUGCAGCACUAGGAGUAAUGAGCGGCGGCCUUGGAAAUUUUCUAUCGGCUUUGACCAAAGGCUUUGGAUUUACUGGCCUCAAUGCUACGCUUCUGCAGCUACCAACUGGUGCUAUUGAAGUUAUUGUCCUGCCUAUCGCUGGUUGGGUGGCGUCCAGGUAUCCCGAUGUUAGGUGCGUAACCUACGCUGGCUUUUCGUUGAUUGCCCUGGGAGGUUUCAUGGGCACUCGAUUCACCCCACACAAGAAUCGUUGGCAGCUAGUCGGAAGCUCUUGGCUCUUCUAUACAAGCGCUAUUGGCUCAGUGGCUUGCUAUAAUCUCCUUGCUACCAACUUCGCCGGGCAUACCAAGCGCAGUACAGUCAAUGCAAUCUGGUUCAUGGUGUGGAACGCCAGCUCCAUCGCCGGUACCUACCUGUUCUUUCCCCACGAAGCACCCCGGCAUCUUAGCGCUAUAACUUCGCUCAUAGUCUGCCAAUCCGCCUUCAUCGUUUCCGUCCUUGUUCUUCGACAAUACAUGUCUUGGGAGAACAAAAAGCGCGAUAAGGAGAUGGCCGCCUUGGGCCUUUCCCGGAAGGCAGUAUUUGAGGAGGCAAUUCGUCUCAGGUUCCUGGACAAGGCGGACAUUGAGAAUCAAUAUUUCAGAUACGGGCUCUAG